AUGGCGCACAAAGGCAAAUUGCACAAGAACGAGAGAAGCCGCGAAUCAGAGAGAAAAGAGAACAGACACGCGCCAAAGUACUACAGAGGGGAGAAACAGGCCCCGGCCCCAAAGCCCAGACUUACGCGGAACGUUGUCAACAAAACGUUCAGAACGGACGGCGAGCUAACGGAGUUUAUUCUGAACGAGGGAACGUUCAAAGACAAAGUGGCUGCAAUGACUCUUAUGACCAUACAGGAGCAGGACGGAAAGGCGCUGAACCAGCUGAUGUCUCUCCUGGAAAGCUCCGAGGGGGGAGACAAGGUGUAUCUGGCGAUCACCCAUGCGGUGAAAAUCGCCGAUUACUACUUAGAGUGCAAGAAAGAGGCCGAGAAUCCCGCAGCAGACACAGAAAGCACCCCAGACGCGCGCAAGUUCUGCCUCUUCAUCGAGAAGUCGCUCUUUGUCAAAAGACUCACCGAGGGCAUUUCCAAGCACAUGGCGUCGCCCUUCCUGAAAGAGAAGCUUAUGAUUCUUGUGAAGAACAUGGUGGAGACAGACACGCUCAGCGAGCAAAUGGUGGGCAUUAUGCUGGAUGCUGCAGACGUGCAGGUGGACAAGGAAAUACUCUUGAUUUUCUCGCACAUCAUCAAGCACAGAAAGAUGGAGCUCAUUUCCAUCCUGCGCGACAAAAUCACACAGACCAUUGUGUCCCACAGAAACCCGAAGAAAGUGAAAUAUUUUGUCACGCUGGCGCUCUUGCUAAACAAGUCCGAGUGGGUGCAGGAGGACGCAGACUACACCGCGUACGUGGUGCCUCUGAUCCGGGGGUUUAUGUCUCUGCUUAAGACCGUGCAGGAGGAGAUUGGAAACCCGCAGAUAAAGGCCAAGACCAGCGCGUCCGUUCUGUCGUCGCUUCUGAAGGGCCUGCUGCGGUUCAUCAACUGGCAGAAGACAAUCCCCUCUUUGAAGAUGUGCUACACCUCGGAAAUUCUGAAGGAGGUCGGGUACAUAAUUUUCAAGCUGGCGUACAACGACAACACGCGGUACUCCCUCCCUGCGCUGAACCUCCUGGAAACAGCGAACGAGACAGAGAAAAUCAACUACAGCCGGGUGCUCGGAGACACCAUCAGAAAGUACAUCUAUCUAAACGACCUAAGCAAGUGCGAGAUCCUGAACAAGGCCGUGAACAUGCCUGCGCAGGAGGUGCAGGUGAAGGUUGUGCAAAGCGCAUACCACGCCCCAAUUGGGUCCAAAUACCCGCUCGGGUGCAUGAUGGUGACGCAGGAGGCAGGACAGAGCCUCAAAAAUAGAGCGGGAUACGUGCUGCUAAGCCAGUCGCACGACCCAGAGCUUGCAGACACAGCAGAGAAGCUUGUGCGCGGAGAAAGCAUUUCGGUGUACAACAUCUGGUCGUAA